AUGGACGCGGACCGAUUAGAAUAUUUUAAAAGCUCCUAGAUUAAAUUUGAAUUGAAUCGGAAGGUUAUUAGUUAUUUGAAUAAACAUCAUAUUUUCAGUUUUUUAUAUUUCUAUAUAAUAAUGUAAUUUUUUUCUUAGUCUUGUUGUUUUAUAUCUAAUUGAAAAGGUUAUCCUUACGUAGUCAACACAAAUAAAGUGUAAUAACACAUAAAUUUGAAAUGGAAGUAGUGGAAGAGACUUCUAUAGUUAAUUCUGCAGGAGAGGAAAUGAAGUCAGCUCUUGAAAUCGUGGAAACUCCUACAAUAUCAUACGAAGUAGAUGCAUGUCAAAAAUCAAAUGGAUUUGCCGAGUUGGAAAAGACCGUGCAUGGUCCAAAAGAAAACCCAACUGAAAAUUGUGUUGUUUCUGAAAUUGACAUUAUAGUUGAAAAGAAUCCCGAUGAAGUUACGCCUGAAAUCCAAAAACCCAUCAUUCCAUUAUCUGCAGGACAAGAAGCUUCAACACAGAGUACAGAAGUUAAUGUUGCCAAUAAGCAAACUGAACCUGAAAGUUAUGUAGAACUCAGCAAUAUACCAACUACAGAGUUAGAGGAAGAAAAAAUUGAAAAAGAAUUAGAAGUUGAAGUUAAUACUUCAGAAGUAAUACACAAUGACAAUGUCACAUUUGAGACAGAAAUUGUGGUUGAGACUAAUGAUAAUGAUACAGAUGUAAAUGAAGUUACUGCUGAGGAAUCAAUACAGGACACUGCAACUAACAUCUUGAGUGAACUAGGGCAUAGCCUUGAAUUGAGUGAAGCACUACGCUCUUCAGGUAACGCUGGAGAUGGUGAAAAUAAUAAUCAUGCUACAAGGCAGGAAGUGUUUAAUAAAGAAGAAUUAUUAGAUAUUUUAGAAGGUAAAGAUGUUCAACAAACAAUUAAUGAUGUUCAAUAUGAUGUUGAAUUAGAUGGUUCUGGUGUUCAAAACUUAGAAGCUCAUUUAGCUUUGCAGCAACUAUCUAGAUUAAAAAGAAAGAGAAGACAUGUUAAACUAGCAACAAAAAAAACAGUGACUAAAAAAAUUCAAAAGGAAGAUAGUAUAGUUAAUUUGUUGGUAAAAGAUUGGGAGGAUGAUGUACCCGUUGAAAGUGAACAGAUUGAGAACUUUAAGCAGGAAUGUGACAGUGUUUUGAAUACAUCAGAACAAUUACUAGAGACACAAAAGACUUGUAUAGAUUCUUCGCUUAGUGAAGGUCAGACCCCUUUAAAUAAAAGUGAAGGUGACAGUCAACCUCAAAGAAGGUUUAGUAGGGUAAUAAAGAAAAAAGUUAUAUUUGAUCCUGACAAUCCUGAUACAUAUACAAAAAGAAAGUCGGCUGUUAAAAAUAAAGAGAAGCAUCCUGAAAAACUAAAGGAAGAACCAUUAUCGAAAAAGAACACAACUGAUGAAGCCCAUAGGUCUAAAUCCAGGUCUCCUGUCUUAAAAUUACAAUGGAAGAAACCAUCGCCUAAAAAUAGCACUAAGCAAAAUAGGAGAUUGACAGAGGUUGAUAAAUUGCUAAUGGAUGAAGGUGCAGUCAAUAUGAUAUAUCAACUGACACCUGAAGCUCCUAAGGGUAAGAAAAAUAUGAAAACCAAAGCAGAAUUUAUAAAGAAAAUACAGAGUUCUACACCAGAAAGCAAAGAAAUGAAGUUUAGAGAGAGAAAAAAGGAGACUGGUAGAUGUGAUGAAGGAGAAGCUAAAAAAAUUCUGGGAGGCAAACACAGGACAUCAUUGAAUAGUUCUGUUAAAUCACCAUCUUGUGAAGAUUUUGAAACACACAGUGCUGAUGAUUCUAUAAUUUACCGUCGUCAUUCAUCCAGUUCUUAUUCCAGCACAUGUAUGAGUCCACGAAGGCUGAGUGAUGUGGAAGGUGCCAAUCAAAUUGCUCAAAGCAAAAUAUUAGAAAAUCAAAAUCAAAAUGACAAUGAAAGUGUACAGGGUGCAGCACUUGGAGAAGUGUUUAUGUCAGAUGUUAAAAAAUUGCCUAGUAGUGAAAUUAUUAACAAGGAUGAUUGUUUAUCACUAAAAGAAAAAUUAAAUUCUAAAUUAUCACUUGCAUUGAAUAAGAGAAAACGUGAAAAGUCCAGAAUAGAAAAAUCAAUGAAACAGGCUAAAGUAAAUAAAAUAGAAGAAAAAACAAAAAUAAAAGACCAUUUUGUCACAUUAAAAUUUUUAUCACUUACUUUUGACCAAAGAGUCGCUGAGAUAUGCAUCAAAAGAUCAGGAUCCAAAUGUUGUAUUGAGGUGCUAAAUGAUUUAGUAAAGGCUUUUUCAUAUGUGGACACAAGGAAAGAUGUAUCUGUUACAUUGUUAACAUCUGAAUGUGGUACAUUGUGCUCACAGUUAAACUUAAUACCGUUGUUGGAUGACAAUUCAGAGAAGAGGACGGCUUCUGCAUAUGAGCUUGCUGAAUCUAUCAGGUUAUUCUUGAGUACUGUGGUGCAGCACAGUAAACUGGUGUGUGCGGGGGUAUGGGGUGCAUGUUCCGGUGUAGCUCUUGCACUGUUAGCAUUAAGUGAUGUAGUGAUUGCUUCAGAACGCGCCAAGUUUUCUCUUACUGACUCAAGAAUAGUUGCAGCACCCCUUUCGCCUGGUGCCGCAGUGUUAUCUACAUCAUGUCAUUCAUUAUCACAGUCAUUGGUAAAGGAUUUGGUUAUAUUUGAACGUCAACUGUCUGCCUCUGAUGCCUUACAUGGUGGCUUAGUGAGCCGCGUUCUAUGGCCGGAGAGAUUUCAUAUACAAUUACGUAGUAUCGUCAAAGAUAUUGCAAGUCAACCUCCAACGACUCUUUUGCUUAAGAAAAAGUUAAUAAAUUUGAGAAGUGAUUCUGACACCACAGUCCUGUCGUGCUUGGAGAAGGAACGGGACCUGUUUUUUGAAUAUUGGACUUCUUCUGAGGGACAGGAAUUGCUGAAAGGAGCACUUGCUACUACAUAAAAUAUAAACUAUUAUCACGUGACAUCACGUCUGAUGAUAUAAUCUUAAUGGUGACUCAUAAAUUAUCAUAUUCACAUAAGAAUCGUUCAAGAAUUAUGAAAAAUUACGAAUCAUCAAAAAAUAGGAAACCUUUACAAUAAUUAUCAUGACUAGUUAGGAUUCAGUUGGUGAAUUUUAUUUAGGAUUACUCUUGGAUCACGCAAUUUACCCAUCGUAUUAAAUUGCGAUUAACUUUUUAUUAUGUGAUUUAUCAAUGUUUAUUAUUUAUAAUGCCUCGUCACGAACUAGAAUGUAUGCGUAAUUGGAUCUUAAGAUUUUGAUGCAUUUGAAAUUUAUAACAAUUCUGUUAUAAAUUCCAAAUUGAUUACAUUUAUUAUUCUGAGUUGACUCCUGUCUUACUUAAUUAUGUUUUUUUAAUAUUAUAAACACAAUAUUUUGUUAGAAUGGAUGGAUGUUUGGGAUCAUGCAAAAUCUAUGGG